AUGCAGGAGCUUAAGGCGGAUUUGGAAAAGCAGAUGAGGAAAGCCGAGCAGGAUAGGCGAGCACUGCAGAGGUCGAUGCGCGAUUUACACAAGGAUGAAGAAAGAGCUUGGAGAAAGAGACUCAAGGCACUUGAACAAAGGUUUAUCGAGGACUUAGCAGCUAAGGAACAAGAGCUACGUGAUAUGGAGGAGUCACUUGCGGAAAUCUGUAAGGACACGGCUCGACGUGGCAAAAAGCCCCAGAAGGUCGCACUUGAACUAGAAGGAUAUGAGCAAGAGGUCGAGAAUGUUCGAGGGGAGGUCGAGGAGGCCCAUGAAACGUAUCAAACGUUGAGUGGGCAAAGAGUGAACUUGUUUAAUGGGGCGGCAAAUGGUAUCGCCUCAGGACUGGCGACUGGGAUCGUAUCUGGGGCCCUCCGGUGGUGUCCUUUGCACGGUCAGGUAGCAGCAUAUUUCCCCAAUGUUGGGAUUGCUGCCUUCCGGGGUAGAGGCUAA